ACUCUAUAAUUAAAUUAUUAAUUAAGUUAAUUAACAACACGUGGAGGGACUGGUCAAGUGGUCAUGGCUGAAGCUUCUGUUCCUAGAGGAGAAGAAGGCCCAGAAGAGGAGGGAGAGACUGUAGAAACAACCUCACCGAACGAUAAAAAGAAAAGAAAGAAGAAAGACAAGAAAGGAGGGGCCAGGGGGGCGGAGUCUAGUGCUCUUCCAAAAAGUGUCAUUGAUGAGAGUCAGAUCCUAACAACACGCAAACUCCAGGAAAUUAUAACAAACCUAUCGAUACAAGAGCAACCGAGGGGACAUGAGUUCUGGGACACUCAACCAGUUCCUAAAUUUGAUGAGACAGUGACUGAUGCUGGUCCUAUUGAACAAGAUAAAGAGCACGUGAGAUCAGAACCGUUCACACUCCCGGACAAAUUUUACUGGGACAACGUGGACCUCACAGAUGACGCUCAACUAACAGAGCUGUACAAGCUAUUAAAUGAGAAUUAUGUCGAAGAUGAUGACAAUAUGUUUCGGUUUGAUUAUUCUUGCGAGUUCCUACGUUGGGCCCUACAGCCUCCUGGUUGGUUACCGCAGUGGCACUGUGGCGUUAGAGUAGAGGGGAACAAGAAACUGGUUGGAUUUAUAAGCGCCAUCCCUGCUACUGUUAGAAUCAGAGACCAUACUCAGGUUUUAGUUGAAAUCAAUUUUCUUUGCGUUCACAAGAGAUUGAGGUCAAAGAGAGUUGCGCCUGUCCUUAUUAAAGAGAUUACUAGACGUGUGAACUUUGAGGGCAUAUUCCAAGCAGUUUAUACUGCUGGAAUAUUGCUCCCUAAACCAGUGGCUGUCUGCAGGUACUGGCAUCGCAGCAUAAAUCCAAAGAAAUUGGUAGAGGUACAGUUCUCUUCCCUUCACAGACGAAUGACAUUACAAAGGAUGUUGAGAUUAUACAGACUACCAGAUGAGACUAAGACUCCUGGUUUGAGACUGAUGGAGCCUCGUGAUGUCCCAGCUGUACACAGACUCUUUGGACAAUACAUGUCAAGGUUUGAUUUGGUACCAGUUUUUCAGACUGAAGAAGAAAUUUCUCAUUGGUUUUUCCCAAGAUCUGACAUAGUAUAUACCUACGUUGUUGAAGAUCCAGCCACUAAAGAAUUAACUGAUUUUGUUAGCUUUUAUAACUUACCCUCAUCCGUUGUGAAUCAUCCUGUACACAAGACAUUGAAGGCUUGUUAUUCUUUUUAUAACAUCUCUACAAAGACGCCCUUCAAGGAGCUUCUUUACGAUGCUCUAGUUCUUUCAAAGAAGUGUGGUGCCGAUGUCUUCAAUGCUCUUGAUAUAAUGGACAACGAGCCCGUUUUUGAAGAACUAAAGUUUGGUAUAGGUGAUGGCAACUUGCAUUAUUAUUUAUAUAAUUGGAAAUGUCCCGAGAUAGAGGCAAAAAAGAUUGGUUUGGUACUGCAGUGAUUUCAUUUGAAAAGAAAGUGAAGACACAAGAGAGAGAGAGUUGGAUGUGUGUUUGUGUGCGUGUGUGUGUUUAUGUGGAAUCAUCUAAUGAUAAAUUUAUUUUAUAAUAAUUAUUUUGAAAUU